AGUCUGCAGACCAACCAACUCGAUAUCUGCGAAGGCCAACUUGUGGAUAUCACGGCUGAAACAUGGGACAAAGUAAUCGAAUCGCUUACAUCCGUUGAAGUGACUCGCGCAGAAUUACCAUUGCCCAUCGCACUUCCGCCCAGUGGCAGUACUGGUAGUGAUGCUGGAGCUAUUUCAUUGCCCAGCAAUAAUAACAAAAUCAGGGUCUAUUUGGUUUUGGUAUAUGAUGAUAUUAUUUCUGCCAUGAUAGAGUUGUCCGCGCGGGUGCAGGAACUUGUUGAUGUUGUUGCUCGCGAGUUGGUAGGUUCUACUCAAUACAACUUCAAGACAACGUGGGGUGGGUCAAGAUUGGAUCACAACAGGAGUAUCGGGUCAUACAAUAUCUUGAAUGGAGACUCUAUCUCUUUUGUGACGGAACAGGUCAGUGGAAAUCCAGUGAUCUAUCUAUACUCGUCCUCCGAUGUUGAUGUCUCAGUCAAACUAUCCCUCAGUCCUGAGUGGAGCUUCUCCGCUAUCUAUCCCAUUGUCGCCCUGAAACAAGAACACGGACAGCAUGUCGAAUGGAAUGUCUGCACCCACCAAGAUGGGAGUUUGACUGAAAGGAACUCUGGUUUAGAUGUAUCAUACUUAUUCUGGGAAGCAAGGACAAAUUCGGAUGCAUUUCCGCAUUCACCAACAUCUGAACUGCAAUUAGUAGAUGUACUCAGUCCUACAUCCAGUACUCUCGGCGACAUGGACUCCAUUGUCAUCUCAGUGGACAAAGUAACCGUUUACCUCGAUAAGUUGCUCAAGGCUCUGGGACUUCACACUGAAGCCAGAACAUCCUUUAUCACG